AUGGACGGACUCUCAACCGCUGAUGGCUCAGGGGCCACCAUCGGGAGAAGCGCUCUCAUAGCAGGUAUUCCGAAAUUCACAGGCCCUUAUCAGGAACGUAAAUGGGUUCUGGAACGGAUGGCUGGAGAUUUCCGAGUGGUUGCAAGAAAGGGCUACCUCGAGGGCACUGCUGGCCAUAUUUCAGUCCACGAUCGAGUUGACCCUGAUACAUUCUGGAUAAACCCCCUAGCCCGCCACUUUGGUCUCAUGAGGGUGAGCGACUUGGUGCAGGUGAACAUGAAUGGAGAGAUCAUAGGUGGCAAUCAUGCUUGCAUCAACAACGCCGGUUUCAAUAUUCACUCAGCUUUACACCACGCCCGUCCCGAUGUCGACGCAGCGUGUCAUUUCCACAGCAUUCACGGAAAAGCUUGGGCGUCCUUCGGACGACCACUCGAGAUGCUCAACCAAGAUGCUUGCACCUUCUACAAUGAUCAUGCCGUCCAUGACAUGUUUGGUGGUAUUGCGUUUGAGGCGUCGGAGGGGGAGCGGAUCGCGGCAGCUUUGGGACCCAACAGGUGCGCGAUAUUGAAGAACCACGGCCUUCUAACAACGGGAAAGACUGUCGAUGAGGCUGCAUUUCUCUACACUCUGAUGGAGAACUCGUGCCGCGUCCAGCUUCUUGCGCAAGCAGCUGCUGCUUCUGGUAUUCAAAAGUCUAUCUAUUCUCAUGACGAAGCAGAGUAUACGUAUCGACUGACCACUCCGGAAGCCAUGUGGUUGGAAUUUCAACCCGAUUAUGAGUACGAGCUGGCCGUUUCAGGAGGCGACUUCCUACUUUGA